AUGCCGAAGUUUAACAAGAAAACGAGGGGAUGGUGCGCCAAAAAAAACGGUAAGUCUGCCCCUACCAAAAAAAAGACGAAACACAUAGAUCCCUGUGGUACCAAUGAAGUGGAUGCGAGCAUUAAUACCGCGACAGAAGAGGUGGAAUCCCAUGAGGAGCCGCUGGGGCAGCCUCAUUUUUCCAAAAUAAAGAGAAAGAAAAACGAUAAAUUGCAACUACAGGAAAUUGGGAGACUGACACUUAAGCCUGGUAUGACAGUUGCACAGGCACACGAGAAAGCAAAUAAAGUUUACCAACAGAAGCCAUUACAAAAUAUACCCGAUCCUUCUUUUGAAGAGGAAGAGGAGGGAUACGAGGAGGGAGAAGAAGACCACGGCGGCAGCGAUGAGGAUUACAGUGACACAGCCAAUGAACGUUCAGUAGAAUACCGUAAAGGAGGCUACCAUCCUGUGGUGGUCGGCGAGGUGUAUCAUGAUCGCUAUCGUGUAGUCAGAAAGCUUGGUUGGGGAUAUUUUUCUACCGUUUGGCUCGUUUGGGACUACGUAACGAAGCGGUAUCAGGCUCUGAAGGUACAGAAGUCGGCCAAACAUUAUACCGAAGCUGCUUAUGACGAGAUUAAGCUAUUAGGAGAAAUUAUGUCGUCUGAUCCUGAUAAAACUUGUUGUUGUGCUCGAAUGAAUGACUACUUUGAACAUACCGGUCCGAAUGGAGUUCAUGUUUGCAUGGUAUUUGAUGUUUACGGAGAAGAUCUGCUUUCUCUUAUUGAUAGGUAUGAAUAUCGUGGUGUUCCAUUGCCCAUAGUGAAGUGUAUAUCUCGACAAGUUCUUGUGGGGCUGGAACAUUUGCACUCCUUGGAUAUUAUUCACACUGACUUAAAGCCUGAGAAUGUACUGCUUUCCAGCCCAAAGCAUGCGAUAAUAUCGUUAAUGAAGCGUUAUCACCCCCCGCCAUUACAUCAACGUCUUCGUCUUGUUGAGCGUGAUCCAAAGACGAUGACAAAAUCACAGCGUCGGCGUUACUACAAAAAGCUAAAGGCUAUUGAACAGAAUGGUAAAAAGAAUGAAAAUAUCUCUGAGAAGGGCAAUCAGUGUGCGACAGCGAAGACUCAUAAAAAUUCCAUAGAGCAAAACCGCGAACAGGAGCAGGCAGAAGCGAUCUCAGAAAGUGAGACAGACUCUGACUGGGAGAUUGAGCGCCUGCAUCACGUCGUUCUGGCAGAUUUUGGUAAUAGCUGUUGGACAUACAGGCAGUUCACGGAUGAAGUUCAAACUCGUCAGUACCGUUGUCCAGAGGUGAUUCUUGGGGAGCCGUAUUCCACCCCAAUAGAUUUGUGGUCCGCUGCCUGCCUUAUUUUUGAGCUGAUCACAGGUGAAUUUCUUUUUGAUCCACGCAAGGGGGAAAAUUAUUCACGGGAUGAGGACCAUUUGGCCUUAAUGACGGAACUGCUGGGUGAUUUACCCGAAAGCAUGCGUUUAGGAGAAGGCAAGUACCGGUCCCAAUUUUACAAUUCGCGCGGUGCGCUGCGUAACAUUAAAGAUCUCAAUUUUUGGUCCCUGGAUGACGUUCUUUACCGCAAGCACAAGUUUACCCGGAAGAAGGCGGAAGAAAUUGCAGACUUCCUUCUCCCAAUGCUCGAGUUUGAUCCUCAAAAAAGAGCGACUGCUACCGAGAUGCUUGCAAACUUUGAACACUUUUUUGAAAUUAAGGAAGAUGACUACUCCCCGUUUUGCUUUGUCUCUUCUGAUGCCGAUCGUGAAAUGGUUGAGGCAAGCACAAGCAAUGAGGAGGACUCGGAAACAUCGGGCGACUCCAAUGAUGCCGAUGAUGAGAGUGAAAAUAAUUCACUUGGGAGGGAAAAAACACGUUGUGGAAAUAAAGAAAUGGAUUCUGCCCAAUUUUGGGAUGAACAUCCCCUUCUUGCCAGGGAGUUCUUGGAGAAACGUGGACUCAGCUUGCUAGAUAUCCAUGACUUACUCGCAGGAAAAGAAUUAGAGGAUCCGGCCGCACAUAAAUCUGCACUUGAGGUUAUUCACCUUCUUUCAGAGGAGGCGGCCGAUGCUAGAGGUGAGGGACAUGCGGACAGAGAUGGUGAUGCAACUUCCCGCGUAGAGGAGCUCAACAACAGCAUCGGUGACGUUGGGAGCGAUUGA